GAACGAUCUCUUGUUAUUUGCUGCUGUUUUGCUAUCCACAAAUGGCUCUUGAUGCAAAACUUGCUCUUCUUUUGAUUCAUAUCCUUAGUGUUGCCGGCAAUGGAUACAGUUCUUUACAAGAGAACUACUACGGGAGUGAAGAUGAACACAGGAAAAAGUUGGAUUCUUCUUUCAAAAGUGGGUUUGCAACAGGUUAUGCAUUUUCUGCAGUUUCCAUUUUAGCUAUUUUCAUGUCCUGUUGUGUGCCUUGGGCUAGUCUUAACAAGAGGAAGAGGAACAAGAUCAUGAUGAACACACCAAUGAUAACAUCUUUUGAUGGAAAGGCGAGAGAAGAAGAUAAAAGAAGCCAACGAGCAGAUUUGUAUGUUGGGGAAUAUUGUUAAGAGAUUGAGUUUCGUAGGCAUCAGCAAGGCAACAGCAAAUUUUAGCCAAGCCAACAAAAUUGGAUUGGGACGAAUGGGAACCAUGUAUAUGGCU